UGUAGAUCUCAAUAAAAAUGUCCUCAAGGAACAUACCAGAUCAUUUGCUUCAGUAUUUACCGAGGCUCAGAAGAAAAUGAAAAAGGUGAGGAAUAGUAUAUAUGAUAAAAAUAUCUCUAGUGUAUAAAAUAUAUGAUAAAAGAGCCUCUAAACAUCAUAACCAUCUGGGCACUAGGCUAUUCUGUGGCAUACCCCUAAAGCUUUGUAGCACCCUCAUUCCUCCCAAAAAAAAGAGAACUAGACAUCAACUAGCUAAUACAUACUUAUAUGGGAAUAAUGGCAACAGGACGCUCCGAUGAACGAACCAAUUCCGGUAGUGUGUGUGUGUGUGUGUGUGUGUGUGUGUGUAAAAGUUAUGUAUAGAUUUUUUCUGGAAUAACCCAUUUUAUUUCAUGAUUUUGUCACAAUCAUUAAUUACUGAUGACUGUUUUUCAUUGUAGACAUUUGGUUAUGAACUUGUUGAAGCAGAACAAAAUAAACAAAAAUUUUAUAUUCUUCUCAACAAGAUGCAAGAAGAGGCAAAAGAAGUUGUUUGCAGUAAUCCAGAUGACCAACCCAGGCUGGGCCUUUUGUUGGUUAUUUUGGCAAUAAUAUUUAUGAAAGACAAUGUUUUGCCUGAGGGUACUGAAUUAUGUAUUAAUAUUUUCAUUCACUCUCUUCAUCCUGAUACAAAUUUGUUGAAUUUUGUUUUAUUUUAGGAAUGCUAUGGGACACAUUAAAAAGACUUGGAGUGAUUAAGGGGUAAAUAUUUCUUCGCCAAAUAUAUGAUAUGAUUGCAAGGAUUUUUAUCACUUGACUGAAUGAAAUUGUUUAAGAAUGUUUGGUAAAAUUUAGUGGCAAAAUUAUCACCAAAAUCUGCUUGAGCAUACUGGUACUUGGCAGAAAAUCUUUAACAAAAUAUCCUCACAGAGAAUUUUCAUAGAUCCUGCGGGAAAUUUUUGUUGUCUUAUGUACUGGAAUGCCACUUAUUGUUUAAAAUUUCCAAAAGCAUUUUGCAAUUUGAGAUUGUCUUGUACAUUUAUAGAGAGGUCCAUGAUAUAUUCGGUGAUGUGGAUAAAUUGAUUACAGUGGAAUAUGUGAAACAAAUGUGAGUGAUAGCCUGCACAACGUAACUCUACAUGCAUCCGAUUUGCUACAGUAUAUGUGACUCAAUAAAACCUUUGAAAUUUGGUAAUUUGCAGGUAUUUAGAUCGUAAAAAGGUUGUGACAGGUGACACAGCAACUUAUGAAUACAGAUGGGGCGUGAGAGCACAACAGGAAAUAACCAAAAGACAAGCACUAGAGUUUGUUGCUCAGGUGAGAAUGUUGGUCGAACUGAAACUGUCAACAAUGGGUGAUUCCAGUAUUAGACUAAAUUUCGAUCAAGGCAAGAAGAACGAACUCCAACACCACAGCUAGAGAGAGCGUCUUAGAAUGAGUAGAACUGCAAAGAUUGGUUGCUAAAUGUUGUGAAAUGACGAAAAUAUAGCCCUGUGAAGUUCGCAAAUUUUGUAUAUAUUUGUAUUACUUGCGGUAAAAAUAACCACUUUGGGCUAAAUAAUGUUAUUUUUCCCCCGCGUAAUGCAAAUAUACACAAAAUUUGCAAACUUCACAGGGCUAUAUUUUCCUUAUUUUACAACAAUUCCAACCAAACUUUGCAAUUUCACCCAUAUUAAGAUGCUGUUUCCAGUUAUGGUAAUGGUUUCCGUUCUUCUUGUCUAGAUCAAAAUUUCAUCUAUAGUCAUCCAUUCACAAGCAUGUCAUUUGUCACUAGUUUAUCUCAUUUUGUCCCUAUUUUGUUUUUGUAAAUAAAACUUUUCACAUAAAAUUAAAAAAUUUAAAAAUUUUUGAUAAGAAAAAUUGGGAUGCCCCCCCCCUCCCCCAUUCUCCCCCGUUUGCAAGGCUAGGAGGUGUGCACACCCCCAUGCAUCAUCCCAUUCUUGUGUAAACCUGAUAUCAAUGUUAAACAUUUUCCAGGUGUAUGGCACAGAGGUGCAGGCGUGGACUGCGAAAUUCAAGGAAGUGGUUGAAGAGGAAGAAGGAGACUCAGGCAGUGAUUGAACCUGCAGUAAGGUGGAAUUUAAUUAGAAACCUGAAACACAAGGUAACAUGAGGUACUGAGUGUCCUUAGGGAAAGUUGUGAGCAGGUCUAUGUUUAAAUUCUUUUAUUAGUUAAACUGUUAGUAUGUUCUGUUGAUCUGCCUUCAGAUGGGACUGGGUAUCACUAAGCACUAUUGUACAGCAACCUGCGGUUAUCAGAGUCAGACAAUGUUUUUUAUUAUAUAUUUUGAAGCAAAUAAAUAAAGAUGUAUGCCCUGCUCAAAUGAGAAUGAGAUUUGAUGAGGGACUAAAGGUUGAGAAGCGAGAGUUUGCGUUUCAACUCUCAUGCCCUGGUCAAACGAGAAAUUGCACGAGAGUUGAUGAGAGUUGAGAAGCGAGAGUUCGGGUGAGAGUUUUCUCAACUCUCAUGCCCCGAUCAAACGAGAACGUGAUUUGCGUGAGACUAGAUGCUCUCAUCUAGAGCGAGAGUUUGCAUGAGACUAGAAGCGAGAGUUUGCAUGAAAAUUUGCAUGAGAAUUUGCAUGAGAGAGUUUGCAUGAGAAUUUGCAUGAGAGUUUGCAUGAGACUAGAAGCGAGAGUUUGCAUGAGAAUUUUUUCAACUCCAUGUCCCGGAGUUGAGUUGCCACACUGUAAAUUUAAAGGAGUUGGUUCAACUCAAUGUUAUUCUUUCACCAUUUUUUCUGACCGAAUAACACUUAAAUUGGAGUGGAUUCAAGACAUUGUCAGUCAAACGAGACAAACUCUCGUCAACUCUCAUCAAAAUUUGAGCUCAAAUUCGACGAGAAUUGGUGGUAAAACUCUCAUCAACCUUCAUCCUAGUUUCACAGAGGCUUUAGUUCAUUUACUUGUUUCUGUAAGUGUCGCAUUUCCGACAUUCACUGGCACCAUCUGCUAGCCUACAGCAGUUGCUUAACCCACCAAUAUUCACACAAGGAAAGAUGGAUGCUUUUCUGGACACAAACUAUGCAGUAUUCAAUUUAGGGUCAUGGACAAAACAAGUUAUGUGAACUCAUUAACAAUGUUAUACUAUUAUAUCACCAUUGACAAAAUGUUAUACUAUUAUGUAAUUAUGACUAUAUAUGGUUAUGAAUACGCAAAUGAACUGGUUUUCACUGUAAAUUUCAGAGAGUUGAACCAAUUCCAAAAGUGUUACCAAACACGGUGACAGAAUAUCAGUUUUGGAGUUGUUUCAAAUCCUUGGAAUUUACAGUGAGAAUAUACCAAAUUUGUAAUUGUAGACAUAUAUAUGUUUUAUAAAGCUUUUUGUUCAUUACUUUUGUUUGUCUGACGGAU